CGAAGGCUGCCCUAGGGAGAUGGAGCCUAGGGGGCUGAGUGGGGAUCACAAACAGGGAAGAGGGAAGAGGAAGGAGAGAGAAGGGAGUUGAGGGAAAGGAGAUGAGAUUAUGGGAAGGCCUGGGGGACCCCACUUUUCCAAACGACCUCUGGCUUCUCGCAGAGGGCAGAAGCUAUAGAGCCAUCGGGGAUUUCAGGCCGGCAGGGGAGCUGUGGGGGUCAUUUAACCCAACCUCCUCAUUUGACAGCAAAGGAAACCGAGGCAAUCUAGAGAGGGGAUGUGACUUGCUGAAGCUGUUGUGGGGGUGGGGGGGCUGUCUUUCCAGGUGCAAGUGAGGCAGGAUGAACUGGACAGGCCUGUACGCCUUACUCAGUGGUGUGAACCGGCACUCUACGGCCAUCGGGCGCGUCUGGCUCUCGGUCAUCUUCAUCUUUCGCAUCAUGGUGCUGGUGGUGGCCGCCGAGAGCGUGUGGGGGGAUGAGAAGUCCUCCUUCAUUUGCAACACCAUGCAGCCUGGCUGUAACAGCGUGUGCUACGACCACUUCUUUCCCAUCUCCCACGUGCGCCUGUGGGCCCUGCAGCUCAUCCUGGUGUCCACACCGGCCCUGCUCGUGGCCAUGCAUGUGGCCCACCAGCAGCACAUGGAGAAGAAGCUGCUGCGGCUCGAGGGCCACGGGGACCCCCUGCGCCUGGAAGAGGUCAAGCGGCACAAGGUGCACAUCUCAGGCACGCUGUGGUGGACCUAUGUCAUCAGUGUGCUCUUCCGCCUGCUCUUCGAGGCCGUCUUCAUGUACGUCUUCUACCUGCUCUACCCGGGCUACGCCAUGGUCCGCCUGGUCAAGUGCGACAGCUACCCUUGCCCCAACGUGGUGGACUGCUUUGUGUCACGGCCCACCGAGAAGACCGUCUUCACUGUCUUCAUGCUGGCCGCCUCCGGCAUCUGCAUCGUGCUCAAUGUGGCUGAGGUGGUGUACCUCGUUGUCCGUGCCUGUGCCAGGCGGGCCCAGCGCCGCUCCAACCCACCUUCGCGCAAGGGCUCAGGAUUUGGCCACCGGCUGUCCCACGAGUGCAAACAGAAUGAGAUCAACAAGCUGCUCAGUGACCAAGAUGGCUCCCUCAAAGACAUACUGCGGCGCAGCCCAGGCUCCGGGGCUGGCCUCACUGAGAAGAGCGACCGCUGCUCUGCCUGUUGAGGAGGGCCCAGUUCCAGCCUGUCCUGGGUGCCCAAGCACCCAUCCCUUCCCUUCAGCCUGGGCACCUCAAGGAAGGGGUGGCCAAGGGACAGAUCUCGCCCCCUCCUCCUCCCUGAGCUCAAGGGGCCCAAGGAAGGGUGUAGUUCGUGCCGUUUCUCCUCCCCCUUUCUAAUCCCUGCUCCUCUCCAGGGGACCACUGGGUACUUCUGGGGAUGGGGUGGGGGCGGCCCCAACAGCAUUGGUGACACUAACCUUAACCGGGACAGCCUUCGGGGAUCCUGCCAGCGGGCCGGGAGUUGUCGCUGGCCCCUGGGAAGGGCUCGGAUGGCUGGGAAGAAGAAGGGUCUGAUUCCAUCGGAUCAGCAGGGGGCAGGCGGGCCAGGGGGUGGGUGGUGCCUUUGACUCUAGGGACCUGGGCUUGGGCCUGUGAUGUGACACACGAAACAGGAUUUGACAAUAAACGUGGCUGGGCCUUG